AUGUCAGAGAACGAAGAAGCCGACGAGAUCAAGCCCACAGGGCGGCAGAAACAUGAUUCGGUCAGUCUGCCCAGCCCAUCCACACAUCCACCGCCAAGCGCCGCCUCUAGUCCGCUGACUCCGGCCUACUCUUACAUGCACCUCGAUCCGGAGAAAAUCAUCAAAAAUUACGGGAAAUAUGGAACAUAUCAGGCAGGAAAUUAAAGUUUUUUUUGUGAUUCGACAAUUCUCUUCAUGUUUUUAGAUAUUUUUCGAAAAAAAUCAAAAAAAAGUUUUUUUUUCAUUUUCAAAAAUUUUUUUAUAUUUGCUCUCAAAUCUUGCCUAUAGAAUCUAUAUAGACCACACAUCAAUUCCUGAAAAUUUGAGCUAACAAUUUACAUCCGCAGCUGAGAUAUUCAACGGUCUUUUCUAACGAGAGAGUACGCAAACUGCGGAGAGUGGUCAGAGAAAAAACUUUGGCUGUUUCUCUGUGAAUUUUGUGGGGAAAAGGAUUCAUUUUUUGUGAAAAUUUUUCAGUCUUAAUUUUAAGGAAUUGUCCAGUAUCCAAAUUCUCAAAAAAAAAAAAAAAAAAAAAAAAAUUCCAAUAUCAAAUUUUUUUCCAGAUGAUAAUUUACGCCAUGUCCAACAUCGGAUCGAUGAUUUACUCCAUGGAGACGAUGAUAAUGUCCCUAAUUGCGGCGCAAAUCAAUUUCACAUGCAUUUCCGACAACCCCAAUUAUGUUGUACAUGACCAAUGUAAUGUGCGAAAUCUCCAAAAUAAUCGACUUGAAAAAUGCGGAGAGGUGGCGGGAACGAAGUUCGACUACCUUGGCUUCAAUCGCUCCACGCUGAUUACGGAAUUCGACUUGGUCUGCGACAAGAGUUAUUGGAGUCAACAUGGGACCUCGAUCUUCAUGAUCGGCGGCCUCAUCAUGACGCCGGUUGUGUCGCAACUGGCCGACCGCUAUGGCCGAAGGUUUUGUUUUUUGAUUCCGUUGUGGCUCACGGUCCUCUCGAAUAUUGCGUGCUCCAUGUCGCCGAAUUAUUACGUGUUUUUGUUGUUCCGAUUCAUUGCUGGGUUGGGAACUGCGGUAAGAUUUUUUUAUUUUUUUGACUGUGAUAGGUGUAAAAUGUCACCUUUUUUACAAGAAAAGUAGUUAUUUAAGGCAUGGAGUUACAGGCCGGCCCACAUAUCAAAAAAAAAUCGCAAAAUUUUUUCUGGUUCAGAAUAUGUAAAAAUUAGCUGCCCAAUUUUGGUUUGUAAGGUCGAUAAACCCCUCAGAACUUUGCUCGCAACACCACGGGUUUGAACCUUUUUGGAACGAAUCGGACACCGAUUUUUUCGAUAUCCAAAAAUUUAAAAAAUAACUGCUUUUUCGUCGACUUGUACGUCAAAGACGCAUUUUUUUACCUUAACUUUGUCAAAUUUUUCUGAUUUUGAAAAUCCAAAGUUGGUCAUUUUUCAGCGUUGAUUGUAAAUUCAGUUCUUCAUAGAAGUUGUUAAUCUUUAUACAGAACUUUGUCGACCACUAAAAAAAUCGAAAAAAAUCGGUGUCCAAUUCAUUCCAAAAAAGUACAGAACGCUGUGCCACGCUUGUUUGACCAAGUUUUUACCAAUUCAAAAGCUUUGUUAGGAGCUACUGGACAAGCCUUACAAUACAUAAAUUUGAUUUACUACACCUUAAUCAGUAGUUGUAAUGUUAAAAAGGGGAUUUGCGUGGUGUUGCGAGGGGUUUUUUCGCCCUUACAUACCAUAAUUGGGCAGCUGAUUUUUACAUAUUCUGAAUCAGAAAUACUUUGCGAUUUUUUGAUGUUUGUUUCGACCUGCAACUCCAUGCGUAAUAGAAGUAUUUUCCUAAUAAAAAAGGUGACAUUUUACUAGAUUUGAAGCUCCAAUCUUUUUAAGUCAUCGUCAAUUUUCCCUAUUAUGUAUACUAAUUUUACCACCCAAAACAACUGCUAUUUUUCUUCAGGGAAUUGGCACAGUUUCCUAUGUGAUCCAAAUUGAAAGUGUGACCGCUUCGUUUCGCUCGAUGACCCCAUUGAUUGGGACGUUUGUUUGGGUCAGUGGGUACAUGGCGGUUGGGGUUCUGUACAUAAUUUUCGACGAUUGGAGAAAGCUUUACUUGGCAAUGGCGCUUCCGGGAUUGGCCACUUUUUCGUUCUAUUGGUGAGUAAAUUGUGGUUUUAUUUACAUCGUAUUAUGUCAGUUUGUCGGGAAAAUAAUGAGCACAAUUUUCGACUUGACAAAAGUAUUUUUGUUUCAGGUUAAUGCCGGAGUCGAUUCACUGGUCGAUAACGAAUAACCGGACGAAAAAUGUUCAAAAGUAAGUUUUAGGUUCUUUUUUUUCUUUUUUAAAAUACGUUGUGUUUUUUGUUCACUAUUAUAUAUGUCAUAUAAAACUGAAUUUCAGAUAUAUCAAGUCCUCAAGCCGGAUAAAUCGCCGAGAAAUCCGGCUGACCGAAUGCCGGAUGAACGACCGAACCGAGAGUACGACGGAAAGGGCCUCUUCCAGAUCGGUGUUGGAUAUCUUCAAGAAUAAAGCCUUGUUAUUGCAGCUCAUUCUCCACUGCUUCAUCAUGUAAGUUUGUGAAAUUUUUUUGGGAUAAAGCGAAGACCGGGAUUGGCUUUUAAUUUCAGAAUUGAGGCCGAAAAGUCCCCCAUUCGAAGAGUCCCCCAUUCGAAGAGUCCCCCAUUCGAAGAGUCCCUCUUUUCAAAAAUGACUUUUUAAAAGAAAUAGAAGUUUUCAAAUAAGAGGACAUGUUAUACGAUCAAAAUUUUCUUAAAAUUUUUAAGUUUUAUACGGUCAAGUUUUUUCAUCGUAUAACUUGUCACUUUCAAUUAAAAAAGAAUUAGUAGACUUUCCAUCGUAUAGCAUGUCAGUUUUAGGUCGAACGUUGGAAAAAAUCGGAUAUUUUAAAAAUUCACUCAAUUUUUUAAAAUGAGGGUGACAUGUUAUACGAUGAAAAAUUUUCUUUAAAUUUUUAAGGAUGGGUCAUGUUAUACGGCCAAUCUUUUUCAUCGUAUAACUCGUUUCUUCCAUUUUUUAAAUAAAAAAAAAGAAAUUAGUAAAAUUUACAUCGUAAAUUGUGUCAAUUUUAUAUCAAAGGUUGGCCAAAAUUGGAUACUUUUUUGCGAAUUUUGGCAUGGAAAGUUUUGUGUCUAUUUCUACCGUAGAGGGUGAUGUUUCCACAAAAAAUCAAUUUUUACCGCGCAAAACUAGCAAAGAUAUGGCCAAAAAACGGUUUUCUCUCUGUCCUCUCCACAUUUUACGUGCUCUCUCGGUGACAAAGACCGUUGAAUAUCUCGGCUGUCGCUUGAAAGUAUGAGCUAAAAUUUUCAGAAUUUAGAAACUGCCCUAGACAGAAGAUAUCUGCAAAAUUUGAAAGAAAUCUGCCAGUUGUAGCUUGAGAUAUAACCCAUCAUGUUGUUGAGGGGGAAAAGUAAAAAUUUGAUUUCAGGAUGACCAUGAAUGGGACUUAUUGGGCGCUCAGUUUGUUCAGUGUGGACCUGCAUGAGGACGAGUUGGUCGGGUAUUUCCUCUCCGGUCUGGUCGAACUGCCUGCGGGCUUCAUUUCCAUCGCACUGUUGAGCUAUUUCGGUCGACGCACAGUGACUUUCUUCUCAUUUAUUUGCACUUCCUUCUGCAUGUUCAUGGCGGUAAUGCUGCCUGGUAAGCGAAUUUACUUUGAGAAAUCAUUUUGUAAUGGUAAAAUCGCAAAAAUUUUCGAUUUUGAAAAGUUUUCGGAAAUUUUAAAAAGUUGCAGAAUUUUUGCAUUUUUUUUUAUUUUUUCAUUUUUUUCAGGUAAAAACUAUAUCAGCAUGUCGUUCCCAUUGCUCGCCAAACUCUUUAACAGCAUUUCCUGGGCGUCGGAGCCGCUUCUAAUCGGGGAAAUGAGCCCCACUUCAGUGCGCAACGUGUUUUACGGCCUCAUCGCAUUUGUUGGGGAAAUUGCGUCGGUUUUUGCCCCAUAUCUCAAUCAUUUGGUAUGUGAAGAGUUUUUUUUACGUUGAAAACGAAUUUUUUGUGAAAAAAUUAUUUUUUGCACGGUGCAGUCAAAAAAAUUUUUUUGCACAGUGCAGUCAAGAAAAUUUUUUUUGCACUGUGCAGUUAGGAAAUUUUUUUGCACAGUGCAGUCAAAAAAUAGUUUUGCACGGUGCGGUCAAAAAAAGUUUUUUUUGCACAGUGCAGUCAAAAAAAAUUUUUGCACGGUGCAUUUGAAAUUUUUUUUUGCACUGUGCAGUCAAAAAAAAUUUUUUUGCACGGUGCAGUCAAAAAUUAUUUUUUGCACAGUGCAGGCAAAAACAAUCUUUUUGCACUGUGCAGUCAAAAAAAUAGUUUUGCACGGUGCGGUCAAAAAAAAUUUUUUUUGCACGGUGCAGUCAAAAAAAAAAUUUUUUUUUGCACUGUGCAGUCCCAAAAAAAAUUUUUGCACGGUGCAUUUGGAAUUUUUUUUGCGUAGUGCAGUCAAAAAAUAGUUUUGCACGGUGCGGUCAAAAAAAGUUUUUUUUGCACAGUGCAGUCAAAAAAUUUUUUGCACAGUGCAUUUGAAAUUUUUUUUUGCACGGUGCAGUCAAAAAAAAUUUUUUUGCACGGUGCAGUCAAAAAUUAUUUUUUGCACAGUGCAGGCAAAAACAAUCUUUUUGCACUGUGCAGUCAAAAAAAUAGUUUUGCACGGUGCGGUCAAAAAAAAUUUUUUUUGCACGGUGCAGUCAAAAAAAAAAUUUUUUUUUGCACUGUGCAGUCCCAAAAAAAAUUUUUGCACGGUGCAUUUGGAAUUUUUUUGCGUAGUGCAGUCAAAAAAUAGUUUUGCACGGUGCGGUCAAAAAAAGUUUUUUUUGCACAGUGCAGUCAAAAAAAAUUUUUGCACGGUGCAUUUGAAAUUUUUUUUUGCACUGUGCAGUCAAAAAAAAUUUUUUUGCACGGUGCAGUCAAAAAUUAUUUUUUGCACAGUGCAGGCAAAAACAAUCUUUUUGCACUGUGCAGUCAAAAAAAAUUUUUUUUGCACGGUGCAUUUGAAAUUUUUUUGGCACAGUGCAGUAAAAAAAAAUUUUUCGCACUGUAUCAGUAUGUCGGGAAAAUAAUGUGGACUUGUCGCAGCAAUAUGUCUCGCCGAAGUAGCACACCAAAUUUCCAGCCGUCGCAAAGACGAUAAUCGGCGAUUCGAACGCUUGUCUAAUUGUUGGCGACUUCACUGAAACCGCCAAUCAUUUUCCACGAAUUUGCAUAGAAUCAAAGGACAAAGUCUUCAUAGGAUCAAUUUCCCUAUUCUAAACAGUCGGUUUUUUCCCGCUCCCAUUGAGCGGUUGCAUCAUCAUUCUUUUCCCCGUCUGUGUGCGAAUAAAACCUCUCUUCCGUUGACCGGUCUACUAUCAAAUCCUUGCCGUCCUCCGCUCGACUGCCAAAUCUUCCCUCCAUCGUUCCUUUCGUUAUAUGGGGUGCUGCCUGACGUAACCAGGACCUCGAAGUACGGUAAGACAAGCGAUUUUUCCCUUUUUUUUUGCGUCACCUUUUGGCCAGGGUGUUCGCCCCUUUGUCUUUAGAAUCCCAGUCCCACUAGAGGCCCCGCUUGCGGCUAUCCGUAGAACAAGCGGUUAUCGUGACUUUAAUCUUGCCCUUCCCCUUACCCAUUUCCAUUUUUCCCCGAAGUUAAUCGUUUUUCGUAGUGAAUCCAUACCCAUACCCUCUAGUAUUCCACCUAGACUUCCCUCGAUUCACUGUCCCAUUUAACUUCCUCUUCUCUCGUAUAUAUCCCUCGUCAUACAUAUUCCCUGUAAAAAAAAAACAUAAAAAAAACCUUUUGUAUCAUAGCUUCUCUUAAUUCCCUUUUUUUAAUUCCUUGCCGUAUCCCAUAAUCAUCCUCCCCGCACUACAGUAAAGCAUAAUGACCGAUCCACAGGAACCCGAAGAGGUUUCCUCGCCUAAAACCCAAGAAUCAAUCACAUUAGUCCCUUCCCAAAUCUUGGCUUCCCCGCUCUUUUCUCAAGACACUUGGCAUACUCAUAUUGAAUAUCUGAGCCAAUAUGGCGAUGAGCUAGUCAAUGAUACUCAAGAUCGCGAAACCUUUAAAAGUGUUGGAAAGAACAAAACUCUAGAAGAGAUUAUCGUUCUUUGCCAUAAUAUCCACAUGCUCUAUGAGAGUGAUUUGUUACACAUCCUCCAAGACCUCGAGCGCCCACUAGACCAACUCAAUGAUUACAGUAUCGCCCCUACCGUUACCCUUGACCGUUUGAGAUCGACCUUGACUGAGUUACGUAGCUUAGAGAAUAAGUCCAGAGAUUUAGUUUUGAACUUGACUAACUUUUGUCAUGCGGAAAACGUGGCUGGCAGUUUGGUAACCGACUUUCUCGCAUCAAUUGAACGCAAUGUGCUCUCGGCUAUAAUAAAAUAUUGGAUGAAAAGUUGUCGAGAAAUCAUUGGCAAUCUUGAAGAGACUAUUGCGUCUACGUCCUUGACCAUUCCAAAUCCUAUCCCCCGAGGUCCCAUUUCCUUGAAUCCUACGCAAAUCUGUCCUCCCCCCAUUAAUCCCCCGAUACCCUCUCCACCUGUAGUUCCUCAACUUCCUCAAGUCAAUACCUCCUCGACCAAACCCUUAGCCUUUGAACUUUCAAAAGCGAAAAUUCCUCGAUUCAGUGGUAGCAAGGAAGAAUUCCCCAUGUUUUUUGCCCUCUUGAAUGAAGUCAUCAAUUAUAAUAAGGAAUACCCAGAAACAGCGCUUAUCGCUUUCGUUGUUUCGAAUCUCAGUGGUGAGCCGUUGAAUAGUAUCCAGUCAGUUCCCGUCCGACAAGGUAGUCUAGCUAUCAUCUUGAAAUCACUGGAGGAUCGUUACGGUGAUUCAGAUGAGCAAAUUCAUAGAUUGAUGAAAAUUUUGAAAGAUAAAAGACUGUCCGUCCCCCGAGAUCACAAAGAACUCACGGCUUGGUACUACCAACUCCGUGAUCUCAGUGCAUGUAUCUUGAAAUCUGCAUCUGAGGCCCAAGAAAGUUUGUUCCUGUCUUGUCUCUUUGAUUCCCUCCCGUACAAAAUCCAUGAAGCUAUCGUUGCGACCUUUGAUCGAUCCUCCUUGUCCCCAACAGUGGAGAACGUGAUUAAUGAGUUAGGAGUGAUUGUUAGAACCCGCGACAAAUUACAGUUCCGAGCUGAAGACGCAUCCGAUCGUCGAGAAGCCCGCAAUUUCUUCAAGUCUUCGAACUUUGAUUUCCGUCCCUUCCCCCCUUCACAGAAUGCCCCGUCCCGGGAUUCGUGUGUAUUUUGUUCCCGAAACCAUCGUUCUGAGGACUGUCGUACUGUGUCCGAAGUUUCCCAGCGGCAGCGAGUUAUUAGGCAGAAAGGGUUGUGUCUUCGUUGCCUUAGGUCUAAUCACUCGGAAGCGGCAUGCCGAUCCCCCAGAUGUUCGUGUUGUCAAAAGAAUCAUCAUGUAUCGGUGUGUUAUCAGAAAUUCCCCUCACAGAAUCAGUCUAUGUCCACUACCAAUAAUUCCACGAGUAAUCGUUUCUCCCCAAACUCCUCAUCCUUCCCUAAUCGAUCCAACCAGAGAUCCUCUUUCCCUAAUAAUAGUACUAAUAGUGCUCGGAAUCCGGCGCAGACUCAUUUUCCUCCAAUACCGGUACCACCCGCUCAGAAUUCCCCAACUCCCGAUAUACAGAUUAGAGGCGUUAUCCUUGACCAGUACGAGAAUUUGAUGUCUCCUAAGAUUCUUCUCGACAAUCACCUUGAUCCAGUUAGAGCCUUUAUCGAUACUGGUUCCGAUGCGACCUUUGUAGAAUACUCUCUUUGCUCCAGAAUGGGUCUUUCCCUUGGUCCUGUCAUUCCCCGAACCGUAGUUCCCGUAGGCGGAGUCAAAACGGUGAUUGAAACUCGUGAGGUAACUGUACCCCUAAAGUCCAAGAAUGGGCCAAUUGUAAGCUUCAGAGCUCUUGCGGUUCCCGACUUACACCAGUUCUUUACUGGUACUCCUUCCCCUCCCGAUAAGUCCCCUAUCCUCUUCGUUUUCGGUCAGGACUCUUUCUCUGAACUUGAAAUUGAAAAAACAGACCAAAUUUCCCCCGAAGGCUUUCGAAUCAUGUCCUCCCGUUUUGGCGAAUUUGCAGUAUCGCAAAAUUUUCUAAAGACUCCAGAAAUUUCCCCCUUAUUCCUUCAUUCGGAUUCCCAGCCAAGAACCUUGUUCAAUCCCGCGAAUCCUGAUACUCGUUCUUUUCCUCAAUCUCGGUCUGACAAUCCCACUUUCCCCAAUCCAAACCUGACUCCUGCUUAUUGUGCCUUCUGUUCGGAUCCUCAUGAUUCUGCUACCUGUCAGAUCGUCCAAGAUUUCGAUUCUCGUCAGCGGAUUGUUCGUGAGAAUAGGCUCUGCCCUCUUUGUCUCCAACGUGGUCAUAUCGUUGCUAUGUGCUCUCAUUCUUGUUCGAAUUGUAACGGUCGACAUCAUGUUUCUCUCUGUGGUAAAUUGUUUCCCCCGAGCGAGUCCGGAACUCCUGUGAGCCCUACUCCAAAACCCGUGAUCCCUAUUCCAAAUCCAGCACUUUCCCUUCUUCCAAAGUCAAACCCAGUUCAAUCCUCUAUCCCCGAGGUUCCAAUGAGAAGCUUUCGUUUGAAUGGACCCAAAGAAAUUCCGCAAUUGCCUUCCCCUAUCGUUUCACACCCAAUCGUCUCGUCUUCUAUUGCAUUGCACCCUAUCGUAUCGCAACCUAUCGUAUCAGGUUCGGAAAACUCAGUGAUUUCUUUGGCUAAAUCUUCCUCUACUCCCCAAGACUCUUCUCUGAAUUUUGGAAAUCCAUCUGAUCUCGUUAUGGUUCCCCAUGUUCGUCAUCGUAAAUGGCAUCGUAAGAAAAUUGUGGAUCGAGGGCAGGUAUUGCCGCUGGUCAAUAUUGGUUUCACAAAUCUUCCUCAACCCCAUUCCCCCUAUGACAUUUCAUCCGAAACUCUCUCCUCUUCCCCAUCUCGCUCUGGAUGUAAUUUUCUGUUGAAUCAACUACCGAUGGAACAACGCACCCAAUGCAAAUUCAAAUUGAUAGACCUGGAACUUUCACAUGGACAGCCAUUCGAAGAUGAACACCCGGACGCACUCAUGCCCUGCACUUGCCCUGAUGUACCCAAUCCAAACCCUCCAGCCACAGAAGAACCCAAAGGAUGUCAACCCAUGGUCAAGGAAAGAAGAGGAAAGUGGGCAUGUUGGCGACUUCACUGAAACCGCCAAUCAUUUUCCACGAAUUUGCAUAGAAUCAAAGGACAAAGUCUUCAUAGGAUCAAUUUCCCUAUUCUAAACAGUCGGUUUUUUCCCGCUCCCAUUGAGCGGUUGCAUCAUCAUUCUUUUCCCCGUCUGUGUGCGAAUAAAACCUCUCUUCCGUUGACCGGUCUACUAUCAAAUCCUUGCCGUCCUCCGCUCGACUGCCAAAUCUUCCCUCCAUCGUUCCUUUCGUUAUACUAAUCCACAUUAUUUUCCCGACAGAAUGAUAAAUAUUUUAUUUUCUUUUAAUCAUCAAUUUUCAGAAACAACUCCACGAACUUGCCCCGGCCACCUUGAUGACGAUAGUUGCGUUGGCUGCAGGUCUUUUUGUCCUCACUUCCCCCGAAACCAAAGAUAAAUCGCUGCCCGAGGACUUGGACGACUUCGACGAAGGCCCAUUGUAUCGAUGGGUUACCGGAAAACGAACAAAAGAAGAGCCCAAACUCGAAACAGAACCAAAAGAUACUCCGUUGAUUUGA